AUGCUUUCUUCCUGUGCUAAGCGCGGAUUAAAGACCAUUGUUGGUAAUGGUAAUCUUAUCUGCAGCCUCAAUUCAGACCUCAUCAAGGAUGGCGCUGUCGUUUUCGAGAACGACACAAUCAUUGAAAUUGGUAAGACAGCCGAAAUGCGUAAGAAGCACUUUGGCUCCAAGUUCGUCAAUGCCAAUGACAAGCUCAUCAUGCCAGGUCUCAUCAACGCCCACGGCCACUACUACGGCUUCUUCAGCCGCGGCAUGAGCCUCAAGGACCCACCACCAUUCACAUUCUUAGAGGUCCUCCAGCGCCUUUGGUGGCGUCUCGAUCGUGCCCUCCAGCACGAAGACAACUACCUUUCUGCUGCCGCUUAUAACAUCGCAGCCAUUAAGGCAGGUACAACAACAAUUGCUGAUCACCACGCAUCACCAAACUGCAUCGAAGGAUCCCUUGAUGACAUCGCUCAGGCCGCUCUCGAUGCUGGUAUCCGUAACCAUAUCGCAUACGAAGUUACAGAUCGUAAUGGCAUGGAUGGCGCAUACGCUGGUAUCGAAGAAAACCGCCGCUUCAUCGAGCGCUGCUACAAGAAGGACAAGAACCCAAUGCUCGCUGCUUCAUUCGGUCUUCAUGCUGCUUUCACAUGCAGUGACGAGACAUUGAAGAAGUCUGCUGAAGCUCUCGCCUCCGUUAAGGAAGCUGCUGGCAAGGUUGGCUUCCACAUCCACGUUGCCGAAGGCAAGUACGAUGAAGAGCACUCAAUAAAGAACUACGGCAAGACUGUUGUCGACAGACUCGUCGAAUUCGGCAUUGCUGGCCCAGAGACAAUCUACGGCCACUGCGUCUUCGUCAACGACCACGAACUUGAUCUCAUCAAGAUGUGUGGCACAAACCUUGUUACAAACCCAGCCUCCAACAUGAACAACGCCGUCGGUCUUCCACGUGCUAUCGACAUCGUCAAGCGCGGCAUCCCAUUCGCUCUUGGUACAGAUGGUAUUACAUACGAUAUGUUCCAGGAAAUGAAGUUCCUCUACUUCGGCAACAAGUUCAUGAACAAGGACCCACGCGUCUUCGGCUGGGAAUCUGGCGAUGUCCUCUUCAACGGAAACUCCAAGCUCGUUUCAAAGGCAUUCCCGAAGAAGGUCGGCGUUCUCGAACCAGGCGCAUUCGCUGAUAUUAUCCUUGUCGACUACGAGAUCCCAACAGUCCUCACAACAGGAUCACUCCCAUGGCAGAUGGUCUUCGGCAUGACUGGCGCUAAUGUCCAUACCACAAUCGUUGGUGGCAGAACAGUCAUGAGAAACCGUGAACUUCUCACAAUCGAUGAGAAGGAAGUCAUGGCUCGUGCACGUGAGCGCACUCCAGGUGUCUGGGAGAGAUUCUAA